GUGCGACACCGUGACAACCUGCACCUCCGAGUCCGAGUCGACCAAUAUAUUUCGGUUCUUGUGACCGCACUACUUUUGAAGUGAUGGACGCAUCAAUCAGUCAGGAAAGUGCCGUGUCUGCUUUUUCGACUGCCAUUAUCGCGCGCAGCUGCUCUCUGUUCUUGGAUUUAGGCCUGAAAACUCGCACUCCAGCCACCGACCUCCCUACCGAGAUUCUCCUGAGGAUCUUUCACCUGGUAUACGCAGAUAACAUAUCCCUGCAGCGCGAAUCAUUCUACUCUGAUGUCGUGUGUGAAGACUGGACACACGAGGAAUCCCUUUCCCCUGCAUUGUUUCCUUUUGCUAUUGCUGCAGUUUGUUCUCGUUGGUGUGAUGUUGUAGCGACUGUUCCCGAGUUUUGGACUCGGAUGACAGUCACUGUGGACAAAAAUCCUACCGAUGUUUCUGCAAUUCGAGCAUGCCUGCGGUGGUCGCGUUCGCUUCCGCUUGACAUCACAAUCACGCGCAGCGUCAUUGAUCAUGACACUCCUGAUGAGGUCGAGUGUCAGCGCGCCCAGAACAUCAGAGCAUUGCUUCGGCCGCAUUUGAACCGCAUCCGUCGUCUGCACAUCUCGGUGUUGCAUAGCGCCACACUUCCUUUCUUGUUUACCGACCUUGAUGGACCUGCCGAACUGUUGCAGAGCCUUAAGCUGGCAAGCGCCAUCGACGAUGGAGACUCUACGCGAACACGCCCUUCUCAUGGACCUCUCGUUGCGCCAGUCUUAGAUACGCUCGACCUCAGUGGUCGCUGCCUCCAGGAUGGCUUGCUGCAAAAACCAGCCCAAACCGCUCUCAUGUCAAAAAUUACAUCCGUUAACAUCUCACGUUACCGUCCUUCAGGCGCAAACGCAAAGGGGCUCUCCCUGUGGCAGACACUCCGAACCCUCAGCCAGCUUCCCGUGCUCGAUGAUCUCACUCUCUGUGAUGUUCACUUUGAUACAAACCAAGGCACUUUGGCAGGGGCUACAUUUUCACUCAACGGUUUACAAACUCUCGCGUUCGAGAAACUAGACGACGGCAAUGUUCUCAAGAUUUUUUUUGCAGUCCUCAUCAGAGCCCGUCUCUCGUCCACAAUAAUCACAGACUGUAAAGUCAACGCUCUCUUUCGUGUCUGCUUUACCGACUAUCUUACGUUCGAGAAUAUGGACGUGUCCAAAAAUUUCAUCAACAUGCUCCGUCAUUGGAAUGGGAGCAGUCUCACCCUUGACAACUGUGCUGGCGUUGAUGACGAGUUUUUCGACGUUAUGACUAGGCCUUUCAAGAGCACCUCGGAGGAAGAAUGCUAUAUGGCGCCCAGGAUGACAAAGUUGCGAUUACUGAAUUGUGAUCGCUUCACUGCUCCGGCGUUGAGGAGAUUCAUCCAAGCGCGAGUGCGUGCUGCAAGAGCUCCGCAAUGGAGUUUCCUGAAUCCACAGGCGACCGAGUCUGACGAAGAAGAUAUGCUCACGAUGAACACGAAGGCGAUAGGCUGGUUGGAUGUCAGAGGUCGUGGACCUGUGAUCGCGGAGGCAGAUGCAGUGUGGUCGUCGGAACACGUUCGGAUGUUUAGCUGGGACGCUUUACAGCCAGAUGGGAAGAGGUAUGUGGUGGAGUAUUAUUCGAAGAAGGUGGUCGUCAAGUAGCAUUUUUCUCGGUUGCGCCAGCAGCUGGAAUGUUUCCUUGCAUCGUUCUUGAUCUUUCGUCUUUGCUAGAUGCUGGAAUGUUUUUCUUCCCAUCGUUCUUGAACUUCCUUCUUUGCAUAUCAUGCAAACAACGCAACGUUCUUGAUACUUUUGACCUAAGCUUCGGGGUUUAAGGUGUAUCUCAUAGCCAUCCCAGUGAUUAUCUCUGCCCUCCGUAGCAGCGUUUUGAUUCUUGGUUAAGGGCCGUUCUGGCACAGUGG